AUGUCCGACAAAGCCAGCAAGACUGAGGAGGAGCUGGACGCGGUCCAAAGCAACCCCGAAACAGGAGAUGAGGGCGACAACGAGGGCGAAGACGAUGGCGAAGACGGCGAAACCAUUGGCAGCAGCGAAGACGAAGCUUAUGUGCCCCCUCAGACUGUUGCCCAGUGGACUGAGCUAGAGCAUCAGACGGCUCGUCGCCACUCAGGCAGGGCAACCUUCGGAUCGUGUUUGAAGGAAGCCACCGCAAGGGCCGAUCAGGCAGCAAGAGUCUACAGUGGCAACACCAGCGACGAAGAGGAUGAAGAGGAUGAAGAGAGCGCAGAGGAUGAGAGCGAGGAUGAGGAAGGCAUGAGUGAGGAGGAUGCCGAAGUGGACCCCGCUACCAUCGCAAUGAUUCACCGUCGCUCUCGUCUUCCCGAGAAUACGCUGGGUCCGGCACCUGGCACCAUCGGCGCAGAGGCAUCCGAGGAUGACUCCGACGAUAGUACCUAUGUCGACAUGGACAGCGACCAGAGCUCUGAUGAUGACGGCCCCGACUCCGACUACAACGCUGGCGACAAUGGCAACCAAGCCGGCAACAACUCGCGCAACGGCUCUGUUGACAACCCGGGCGAGGGUCCUGAUGGCGAGGUCUCUGACGAUGAGUCUACUGAGAGUACCGCGUCCAAAGAUUCUGGUCUGAUGGAUGUUGGAAAAGACUGA